GUGGUGAUGGGGGCGGGGGGGGGGGGGGUGGCAUGGCUGGGGAGGCGGGGUGUGCCCCCUCCCUGGGCAUCCUCUGCGCUUGCCUCGUCCCAGCAGCUGCGCCAUGGCCAUCGGGGAGGAGCUGCGGAGCGGGUCCUUCUGGCGGGGGGUGCUGGCGGAGGCAGCGGCGACCCUCAUCUUCGUGGGGGUGGUGCUGGGCGCCUCGGCGGCCCCGGGGCCCCUGGCGCCGGCGCUGGCCGGGGGGCUGGUGGCUGGGGGGCUGGCCUGCACCCUCGGGGCCCCCCAGGCCAACCCGGCGCUCACCCUGGCCCUGCUCUGCACCCGCAAGCUGGGCGUCCUGCGUGGGGCCACCGGGCUCCUGGCCCAGUGUGCCGGGGCCGUGCUGGCCUCCGCUGCUGCCCACCUGGUGCUGCCGGAUGACACCGGCCUCGUCACCAGGGUGACCGCGGCGGGGACGGCGGGGCAGGCCCUGGCCUGGGAGACCUUUGCCACCUUCCAGCUGGCGCUGGCCGCCUUCGCCGACGCCGACCGGGCGGCACCCCUGGGCGGGCUGGCCCUGGGCAGCGCCGUGGCUGCCGGCGCCCUGGCUGCGGGGCCGUUCUCGGGAGGCAGCAUGAACCCGGCGCGAUCACUGGGGCCGGCCAUCGUCACCGGCAUCUGGGAUGACCAUUGGGUGUACUGGCUGGGGCCAGUGCUGGGUGCGCUGCUGGCCGGGCUCUGCUAUGAGUUCAUCUUGGCCCCCGGAGCCUCCCGGGAGAAGCUGGGCGCCUGCCUCGCCUGCCGGGACGUGGCGCUGGUGGAGACCACCAGCCCGUCCCCCUCCUCGCCCUCCGCCCGCGGCCCCCCGGCCCCCCCGCCCGAGCGGGGCCAGGAUACGGCCUGACCCCCCCCCCGACCCCCUGCUCCGGGUCGCCGCCAGCCCCCAAGCCCAGCACCGUCCGUGGAGCACGGUGCCCCCCCAGGAGGAUGGUGGGGCUGGGGGGGCGGGGGGGGGGUCCGUGCACAGAUGGCUCCAGUCCCUCCCUCCCCACGAUCACCCUCUCCCCCCCUCGGGAGGAUUAAAGGUGGCUUUGGGUGGCAGCUGGGUGCAGAGUGUUGCUGGGGGGGGGUGUGUGCUGCAAGACCCCCAUCCUGCGCCCUCGGGCAUGGGAGCACCCUGAUGCCGGGGUCCUCCCCCGUGCCCCCCACCCCGGAGCCAUGCCCCCUCCCUGGCCGCCCC